GUCACGAUUGGAAUGUGUCCAACAGGAUCAGACUACCAAUCAUUCUCAUGAUACACUGACUUGAGCAGUCGCAAAUUGAGGAGAUCGUGUUCAUGCCGGUUACAGUCAGCAGGGAUUGUCAACGAGGCCACGUGCUACCUACUAAAUCAGAGAUACGCAAGCUUGACAUCCGGCAAAUGGCCCAGCUUUAUCACAGUUACGUGGAAAACAUCCAGGUGGCGUGUGGGGACAUGAGAAGAAUGGGAUAUCAGCAAGAUGGCGGCUGGGAGAUCUGUAACGACCCCCUCGUCAAACCAAAGAAAUCGUGCCUGGUCUAUUCCUUCGGCAUCAACAAUGACUUCAGUUUUGAUGACGAAAUGGCCAAAGAAUAUAAGUGUGAAAUUCACUCGUUUGAUCCAAGUAUGGGUCGACCAGACCAUCAUCACGGGGACCAUGUCACGUUCCACUCUCUAGGACUGGCUGAUUAUAACGGUAAAUCUCCCAAGAAUUGGCCAGUGAAGACUCUCGCAGAUAUACGUCAGUCCCUCCAUCACCAACAGACCACAAUCGAUGUUUUGAAAGUGGAUAUUGAAGAAAUGGAGUGGCAGGUGUUUCCGGAAAUAAUAAGAAACAACGCUUUACACAAUGUGACUCAAUUUGUGUUUGAGGUGCAUAUAACACUGAAAAAAGUCGAUCCCCCACAAGCAAAGUAUUUCACGGCUCUGAACAUAUUCCGGGACUUAUAUGAUUUGGGAUACCGGAUAUUCUACACUCAUAGAAACAAAUGGUGUCAUUACAAGUCCAAGUUAGCUGGAAAACAGAGGACUUCAUGCCACGAAAUAUUCAUGAUGAAAGUUUGCUGACAAGGCGCCUUUGAUGAGGAAUUCAUGAUGAAAUGCGUUGUGACUGAUGUUGGACGCCGAUGAAGAACACUUCAGCUUUUAGAGAAUGUACAUCCGUUAGCAUUAGCAUAUUUUUGCAAUUAUUUAUUGAGGUUUAAACAUCUUUUGAAGUAGCAGGCAAAAGCAUUGGGGAUGGACAUGAAAGAAGGUUGUUUGUUCAAAUGACAAUAAAUGCAUAUGGCAAUAUACAGAUGGCGAUAGUGAAUCACGGUAAACGAAUAGUGCUUGAUAUAUGACGAUGUCCUGGAGGAAAAAACAAGUUCUAUGGAUAGUCAACUUCUUUAUCGCAAUGGAUGUGACGUUUCGGUGAAGACACUAACGUCGUUAUCAAACAAGUGAUAACGGUGUUAGUGUCUACACUUAAGCGUCGCUCCAAUUGCAAUAAAGAAGUUGACUAUCCAUAGAACUUGAUUUUCCUUCAUCUUUACAACUUCUACUAAUCUCUCUCAAGGAAGACAAUGUCAGACAAUGGUUGAAUAUAUUUUUCCAAAUUAAAAGCAAUGUACGAAUUACUUCAAAAGAGAGAAAGAGUGCUUUUAAAACUCAAAUUUAAACAUUAUUUUCGUUAUUUCACAGAAAGAUUUUAUUUCACACAAAGGUCUGAUAACCCUCAGUGCGGGUAUGUGGCUGCCAGCUCAAAGGUAAUAAUCAAUUGAGGUUUUGGACUCUUUGGAUUUUUGCUGAUAAGGGAGGUAACUCUUCACAACGAAUUGCAUAACUGAUCGCAGACCUGUGUGUAUUCCUAUUUUAACGGAUAGGCAAUGAAGACAGAGUACAAUAUUUUGUUUGCAUGUAAUUGAAAAUUGUGAUAAGUGGAUUUGUUUUCUUAUUUGAUUAUCUUUAUUCAGCCAUUACUCAUUCCUGCGACAGUUUAUAAAAAGUAAUAUGUGACCAUGUUAUUUUCUUCUAAAAUAAACAAGUGAUCCAGCGAGCUUAAGGUACGGGGAUCGAGCACACCUAU